AUGGCUAAUGUUGUGGUAUUGGCGAAUGCAGAUGACAAUUUCAUGACCAACAUCAAUCUAGAAGCAGUUGUGGAUUGGAUACCUGGCCUGCCCAAUAUCCGUCUAAGCACAUUCCGAGAAUUAGAUAAAUCGGUUCUCGACGCCAUGCUAGAAAGAAUCCGUUGCCCAAUGUACCCAAUCCGCCCGUUUGCAAGCUUUAGCCAAAGUGAAUCCAAUGACCAUUUACAGUCAGUGUCAAUGAGACUUAGGAAAGAAGAGGAUGCAUGUGUAGAAUGGCUGAAUGACAAGGAACCUAAGUCAGUUGUGUAUGUGAAUUUUGGGAGUGCAACAGUUUUAACACGCAAUCAACUCAAUGAGUUCUCUUGGGGUCUUGCGAAUAGCCAAAGGCCUUUCAUAUGGGUCAUUCAUGAAGGUCUCGAAUUGGGCAUUGGUAUGGAGAUAAACAAUGGUGUUAAGAGGGAGGAUGUGAAGGAAUUGAUUAGGGAAUUGAUGCGAGGAAAGAAGGGUAAAGAGAUGCAGUUAAAGGCCAGGAAAUUGAAGGAGAGCUCAAAAAGUGCUCUUCAAAUUGGAGGUAGCUCAUAUGAUAACUUUGAGAGGCUAUUAAAGGAAAUGCUUCUAGAGAAACAUUAA